UAACAGAUUCAGAUCAGUCUUCCAGAGGAAUGGGUGUAAAUGGAGAGAGAAAAUGAUGAAAAAGCAAUCGAAAUAGGAGAAUCUGCAAUAGCAUCGUCAACCAAUUUCAAGUCGAAAAGUGGAAUCACCGAGUCACAGCUUCCCAAGUUUCAGGAGUUGCAGAAGAGGCGUUUGAAAAUCAAAGCCAAGUCGAAAACACAUGAAAAGGACAAAGGAGAUGGAAAAGGCAAACCCCAUAAGAAAGUCGUUGAAGCUCGUGAGUACAAGGAACCCUGCAAACCAGCUUGGAAUUAUGCAAUUGUUUCAUACUUAGAAGGCAAAACAGUAGAUGUUUCUCCCGAGGAAGGGAGCAAGUCAGCCGGGAACUCAACAAUGAAAAAACGGCAAAAGCUGUAUUGGGGGCUUGACGUAAAGGAAAGGUGGGAACGCAAGUCCAAUAUGUGAAAAUAUCUAAAGUUAUCACCUGUGACUCCUGUUGCCUAGUUUCUCUUGCAAGGGCCAGAAAAAAUUGCUAUCAAUGAAGGAUAUGUCUCUCGUGAGCUCAAAAGAUUAUGGUGAGAUCACUUCUUAAGGACAAAUGCAAAUAUGUUUAUCAGCAAGAGUUUAGGUUAAGAACAUAUGGGGAACCUAGUAGCAAAGCCUUUUAAUUUCAUCUACUUGCACUCAAUUCAGGAUCUAAUGGCUGCUGGUUAGGGUAAAGUAAAGCCUUAGACAUUGUUAUGUAUGUGUAGAGAUAUUAUCUUGUACUGUUCUAACUGGGAUAUUUUUUUCCCUCUUUCCUUGGGGAUUGUUCAUCAAAUGGAUAAAUGAUUUUUAUCUUUUUGCGUUCAACAAAAUUAAUUAUGUUAACGGGUAGUUGUUAGUUAGUGUCUAAUUGAUUUUCAUCUCCUUG